AUGUACAUGAUCCGAAAUUCGAUACUACCUGACAUUCCUCAGCCGUGGCUGCACCUCCGCUUCUUAACCUCGGCAAUCCACUGCGACCACCAGCGUCUCCAACAACAGACCGAACCAUCCCAUCGUCUCCAAGCGGUAAAUAAGAACGAAGACCAUCGAUCUCUGGCCAUGCGGAGUCGAGGCCUCCUUCGGUUAAUCGUGAACAGUCGCAACUUCAGCUCUCACCGUCCGAAAAUGCCACGUCUGAACGCUACGUCGGAGAAAGCAAUUGAGCGCUUGAGAGCGUUCCAGCCUCCACCAACAAGCUACAACCUCGUCCCCUUAUCGCGACGCGCCGCAGUCCUGGUCCUGCUGUACGCUGAUUUAAAUGGAGAUCUCCGCGUCGUGCUCACUAUUCGCGCAAAGACUCUGAGUUCAUAUGCCGGCCAAGCAGCCUUACCAGGGGGCCGUGCCGACACCCUAGAAGAAACCCCCUUCCAGACAGCCCGCCGCGAGGCCCACGAGGAAAUCGGCCUCCCCGACAUCCACCACCAGCUGCCCGCGCCCUUCCACGUCGAGCACCUCUGCGAGCUGCCGGCGAGUCUCGCGCGGACAGAGCUCGUCGUGCGCCCCUGCGUGGCCCUGCUGCACUCCUACGACGAGAAGACGGGCCAGAACGCCGACCCGGAAGUCUCGCUGAUCCCGCGGCUGGACGCCCGCGAGGUCGCCGCCGUGUUUACAGCGCCGUUCCGGAAUUUCCUGCGCCUCCGCGAUGAAAGCGAUGACGGUAGCGGGAACCCGGGGGAUUGGUAUCAGGGGGCAUGGACGGAGUGGCACCAGUCGAAUUGGCGGAUGCAUCAGUUCUUUGUCCCGAUCCGCCCGCAGUCGGUAGUGAAGCCGCGCAGCUCGAGUCAGCGGCAGAAGGAGGCCGUCAGCGAGCUCGAGGAGAAGGAAAAGUCCGGCGAGGUCACGCGGUAUCGGGUGUUUGGGAUGACGGCGCGGAUGCUGGUGGAUGUUGCGCGCGUGGCGUACGCCGAGGAGCCGGAGUUUGAGCAUAAUAGCCACUUUGGCGAUGAGAAGCUCAUUGCGCAGCUGCGGAAGAUGGGACGGUUGAGUCCGAUCCGGAGGAAGGAUGAUAUGCUUACGCGGGAGGAUUUGUUGAGGGCGGCUAAGUUGAGUUAG